AUGUCAGAAGAUAUGAUAAUUGAGAUUCUUUUGAGCCUUCCAGUGAAAUCACUUCUGCGAUAUAAUUGUGUCUGCAAAUAUUGGUACACUCUCAUUAGAAGUUCUACGUUCAUUAAUAAGCACCUCCACCAUCAUAGCAACAAGUCUCGACUCCUUGUUCAACAUUACAUUGACAGCACUGAAACAAAUGCAAUUGCCUUGUACCCAGAUGAAACGCUUUCUAAUUUUCCCCUCAUAUAUCGUGAUAUUCAGAUGCCCUGUGAAUCACGUGAUAUUGUAGUUCACUAUGAUGGCAUACUUGGUCUUUGGGAAUGGGAUGAUGGCAUAGUUCUAUGGAAUCCUGCUACAAGAGAAUUCAGACGCCUCACUAUGCCAAACCCCAACAUUCCAUCCAAUUUUAGCGCCGAUCAGCAUAAAUUUGGAUUUGGGUUAGAUCCCACAACCAAUGAAUACAAGCUGGUUUUGAUUCGAACGUAUUAUUAUUCUGAAGGACAUUACCCAUAUGAUUCCGCAAUUAUUGUAGUAUAUUACAUAUCUACUAAUUCGUGGAGACUUUUUGAAGCUGAUUUGAGUCGAGUUGCUUACGUGCAUGAUUCUAUAUAUAGCACAUGCUUGAGCGGACUAUAUUAUUGGCUGACUAGUGAGCUUGGUUGGCAUCAGACACACUAUUACAAUGCGAUCCUUACAUUUGAUUUGAGUACUGAAGUUUUUGGAGAUAUACCAGGACCUCAAGAUAUUCCCAAAUCAAAGUUGGGGAUUCUCAUUAUACACAAUGAUUCUAUUUCUGUGUUAUGUUUUGAUCCUCGUGAGGUUCACAAAUACUUUGACAUAUGGGUGAUGAAGCAGGAGGGGUGUUGGACCAAAGAAUUAACUAUCGGGACCCUUGUAGAUGUUGAAAGGGCACUUGGGUUUUGGAAAAAUGGUGAGCUUUUCAUAGAAACCAGCACUUCAGACUUAAUUUUAUACAACCCUAAUAUCCAAGAGACUAAAGAUUUUCAAAAUCGUGGACUGUACAAGAUGGAACGCCUUAGGAUUUUUAUUUACAAGGAGAGUCUCGUUUCAAUUAAUGGAGGAAAUGAAAGCUGGGAAAGGAGAUAA